UAUUAAAUAAUUCAUUGUUCUCUCUUCAGUGUAAAAUCUUAACUGAAUAAUAAAUUAAAUUCCUAUGUGUACAGGAAUCUGUGUCUGUGUUCUUUAUUAUGUUCUAUUGCUCUACUUUUAAAAAUUAAAAGAAAAUUUAUUUUAUUAUUGUUUUGCAGAAUAUGUGAAACUCCUAGUCUUUUCUCUUACACUGCCCCAAAGAACAAAUUUCAGUUUUCAGCAUUUAUGCUUUGCUAAUACCUGCAAUCUCUAUGAGGAUAAGGUACCAUGAGAGGGAAGGAAGGUAGUGUACGAGUGGUUCAAUAUUUGGACACACGACUUUUCCCUGCAGUAAUUAUGAUGAAAGUCGUAUUUUAAUGAAAGCUGACAUUAUUAAGUACUACUACUGUGGACUAGGCAUCUGCUAAACCCUACAUACAUUCCACUUAAUUCUUUCAACUCAUGAGUUUGGUCCUAUUGUUACUCCUGUUUUACAGAGGAUGAAUAUAGAUCUUGGAGAAUCUAAGUAACUUGCCUAGGCCACAUAUAAUUGAUAAGUGAUGGAACUGAUGGUGGGACUCUACAUUUCGUGUUCUUAGCAUUAUUUCUCCCUUGAAUUUAAAGCUUGAAGGCAGUGGGGUUUUUUUUGACAAAUAAUUUUUUAUAUUUGCCAACCCUUUACACUUUUUUAUAGAUUUUUCAUAUUUUUUUUCUCACUCUAUCCUCAAAGCAUCCAAUGGGUAGGGAAGGAAAUUUGACGUUUUAUCCAUUUGUGCAAAGAUAGGCAAAGUUUCUCUAUAAAGGGACAGAUAGUAAAUAUUUUCGGCUUUGAAGACCUUGUGGUCUCAGUUGCGACUAUUCAACUCUGUGAUUAGUACAGGAAAGCAGCCUUAGACAAUAUGUAAAUUGUUGUGCCUUGACCCAAUAGAACUUGAUUUAUAAAAAUGGGCAGCAGGUGGAAUUGGGCUCUCAGGCUGUAGUUUUCCAACUCCUGCAGUAGUAGACGUAUGUCAGCCACAGGGAGGCAGAACCUGGAUUCUUAGUGCUAAGUAUCGUGCCUUGUCCACUCCCUAACCUUCUCUGGGUUGCAGCACAUAGUACCACUUGGCAGUGCCUUUAGAGAUUCAAGUUGCAAUGAUAAUCGUGAUAACAACUAAUGUUUUAUGCUGGAUACAUUGUUGUAAAUGUUUUUCACGUGUGACAUUUAAUCUAUGGACAACCUAGUCAGAUUGGAAACUGAGGCACAAAGAAGGAAAAUAGUUUUUUCAGGGUCACAAAGCUAGUGACCUAGGGUGAUGAAACUGGGAUUUGAACCCAGGCAGGAUGAUUCCAAGCAUGUAAAGCUUGAGUUCCUUUACUUUUUCUCUCCUGCAUUAGGGAAUUUCUCAGUUUGAAGUCACCUUUGAAGCCUUACUCAUUGGGAACUUCUUAUGGGCACUCAUAUUAAGUGACAAGGCUUCAUGUUCUCUUUUUAAGACAUUUCCUUUGGAGUAGAAUUACAGGUGAAGGAAUGCUAACUGCCAUUAUUAUAGUUGGAAAGUUCAAGGAUGGAGCAAGAUAAUGCAAGAGAGGUUUUUUUUUUGCCCGUCCCUGGGUUGCAUAGACUUUCAGCUGUGGAACCACUUUAAUAAUAGUAGAGAUUAUUUAUAGAGUGCCUGUUGUGUCAACAUUGUGCUAGGCACAUUAAAUGUUACAUGUUAUCUCAAUUAAAUCUCCCAACAAUGCUGUAAAUUAAAUGGCAUUAUUCCCACUGCACAGAGGGAAAAACCAAAGUUCAGUUAUAGAUAAAUUAACUAAAUCUCUGAGUCAUAGUUUCCUCAUUUGAGCAUUAUAAUAGUUCUAUCUUAUAGAAUUAUUAUGAAGAUAUUAUGAAGAUUAAAUGAGUUAAUGCAUGUUAAGGAUUUAGAGCUGGCCUUGGCACUCAAUAGUGUUACCUGUUAUUGUUGUUACUAUUCUUGAACAUAGUAGUAGUAGUAAUUGUAGAGGUGAAAUGCUCACUUUUUAUGAUUAUUUGUGAAUUGGAAAUAAGCUUAUAAGUAUCCAACGUAGUGCCCGGGUAUUGAUAGAUGGAACUUGAUCAUUUUUCAUAGAAACAAGCUACAUAAAGCUCUGUACUUUUAAUUUAGAAUUACCACCACUAGUGAUGAUUUCAAAAUUAAGUAGUUUAAAAUGUUAAAACUCAGUCUCUUUUUUUCUGUUUGUUGUUUGUUUUGUGGAAAAUUACUCCCCUGCAAAAAUAGUAUGCCCUGGUUAUUUCUCUGUUUAUGGUAGAUUAGGCAGACAAUAUAGUGUUGACAGUAGAGGACAAGGGUGCUGGGCAUAUUAAGUGAUUGACGGGGUGCAUUUUAUAGCCAUAAAAAUAGUAACUGAGAAAUAUAUACAGUAGAGUAAAAUAAUUUGUUCAUUUAUGUUAAAGAAAUUCACUACACAAUUGUAAAAAAAACUUAUUUUACAUAUGCACUUAUUAUAUACUAUACAUCACUGUGCACAUUUUAUGUUUGUACAUGCACAUUCCUCUAUGGGGUUAUGCCCAAAGCUAUGGAUAUUCCUAUUAUAAUGGCAAUUUAAAGUAUUUGUUUAGUGUUAAUUUUGACUAUGUACAUGAUUUUUCUUUUAGGUACUGACCUUAGAAAAGAUCUUAAUUGAGGUGCAGCUUAACCCCUGCCUUAAGCUGUACCUCAACUUUAUAUUUAUAAUGAAAUGCAGAAAGGGAAGAUUUUUACUCCUUUCAUGAACAUUUUUUAACACACUGAUUUCUGUGUUAGAGACGAAAGCAAUGCUAUCCAUUUCCAAUUUUUUUGUGAGAGCGACAUCUGGUGGUUCAUUUUUAAUUCUCAUGGUUGGAAAUUCCAAAGAAUCAGGUGUGAAUGGCUUUGCUUGGUGCAUAACACCAGCUAGCUAUUGAGGAUCAAGUUAGUACCACUGAUGGGGCUAACCGUUAAAAAGCCCAACGUUCCAUUUGGAUGAAGACCUUCCCUAAAGGAAUUUAGUUUUAGUAUGUGAUGGACAAAUAGCUGCCUUGCAGAAGAUUUCUGUUUAAUUGAGAGAAUUUAGGAUUUGGAUUAAGAGAUGGCAUCUAUGCUAACCUCCCAGCUUUAUUCAUGAGAAGGCUACAGCCCUGAGAGGUUGAGUAUGUUGGCCAAGGUCUCACUGUGUUGGCCAGUAUCACCUGCUCCAUGCCUUCAGAGAACAUUGACACUCUCUCAUGCAGUAAGAAUUUAAAACAUGUAACACUGCAUAUAAGAUGCAACUGGUGGUAGCCCUCAGGAUCCAUUUGAGGAGUUUAAAUGUUCCAGAAGACCAUGGGCUACUUUUUGAACUUGACAAAUAGAUUACAGAGAAUUGAAUGGCAGAUACGAGCAGAAUGGAACAUUAUUCCUGACAGAUGAGCUCAGAGUACAUAUUUAUUUUUUUAAAAAAUGUUUUUUUCCCAGUCUUUCUUCUGAAAGUCACUCACAAACACAUAAUAAAGGUAUAUUUUAAAUUAAUUUGUCCUGAUUUAGAAAAAUCAAUACUCACUUGUUAUAAUAGGGAGUGAUGUCACGUAAGUUUACAUAUUUCUCAUGAUUCCUUUAGCAGUGUGCUUUUUCUCUUUAUGUGUGAAAAGAUUUACAUUCAAUAUUUGAGGAAUACUCCUGGUGUGUCACUACCAUAAUCAUUAUAAUAGCUGCUGUCAGUCUGGUUUCCCAUUGUGGACAUCUUGACUCACAGAGGUGAAUGCCAUAUGGAGGAGUGGGGUCCUUAGGACCCUGACAUCAUGGUGCCUACUCCUUGCCCUAAUCUGGGGUGGGGAGGGGAAGUUGGGGCAUCCUCUUUGUGUCUCACCAUUGUGGGAAUGGUCAGAUGUGCCCCAAAGCCACACGUAGAAUCUGUGACUUGUCAGAGUUCCCAACAGCUCUAGAGUUCUUUGAGUCCGUGGUACCACACGCACAGCUUCAUUGGUCAAUAGGUAGAAUGUUGGGUGAAAGUUCCAGUGAGGAAGGGUCUGGUUCUGGGGGAGUGGUUCUCAUUGAGGAGGGAGGUGUCAGCAAGCCCCAUGAAACCUUGUCAGUUCUGCUAAAGGGUAACGGUUAAGUGAACGCAUGGGAGCAUCUACUCUUAGGCCCAUGAUGUUAUCCAUAUGAAAAAGAGGGAAAAAUGGAGGAUGGGGAUGAGGAAGAGGAGGAAGAAGAGAAGGAUGGGGACAUCUUUGAGGAUGCCUUGGAAACCAUCUCUAUAUCUCACUCAGAUAUGGCAACAAGUGGCCUUCGCUUCACGUCAUGUGAUUCGAAACAGGCAUCCAGACAUCGUGGAGCAUCUGCUGUGCGCAGUUCAUCAUCAGCAAAGGUGGAUCUCAAGAGUGGCCUAGAAGAAUGUGCUGUGGCAUUGAACUUAUUUUUAAGUAACAAAUUUACAGACGCCUUAGAAUUGCUUCGUCCAUGGGCUAAGGAGAGCAUGUACCAUGCCCUGGGCUACAGUACCAUUGUGGUGUUGCAGGCCGUCAUGACCUUUGAGCAACAGGACAUCCAAAACGGCAUUUCGGCCAUGAAGGACGCUUUACAAACCUGCCAGAAAUAUAGGAAAAAAUUUACGGUUGUAGAAUCUUUCUCAAGUCUUCUUUCUAGAGGAUCACUGGAACAGCUGAGUGAAGAGGAAAUGCAUGCUGAAAUCUGUUAUGCCGAGUGUCUCCUGCAGAAAGCAGCACUCACGUUUGUGCAGGAUGAAAAUAUGAUCAACUUCAUCAAAGGUGGACUCAAAAUUAGAACAAGUUACCAAAUAUAUAAAGAAUGUCUUUCAAUCCUGCAUGAAAUUCAGAAGAACAAACUUGAGCAGGAAUUCUUCUAUGAGUUUGAAGGGGGUGUCAAGCUUGGCACUGGGGCCUUUAAUUUGAUGCUGUCCCUUUUACCAGCAAGGAUAAUCAGACUACUAGAAUUUAUUGGAUUUUCUGGAAACAGGGACUUGGGCCUCCUGCAGUUACGGGAAGGCGCCUCAGGACAAAGCAUGAGGUCUCCACUGUGCUGCUUAACCAUCCUGGCUUUUCAUACUUACAUCUCUCUGAUACUUGGUACAGGAGAGGUGAAUGUUGUGGAAGCAGAGAGCCUCCUUGCACCCUUCCUCCAGCAGUUCCCAAAUGGCUCACUUAUGCUGUUUUAUCAUGCCCGAAUAGAGCUGCUAAAAGGGAAUACUGAAGAGGCACAAGAGAUAUUUCGAAAAUGCAUUUCAGUUCAAGAAGAAUGGAAACAGUUUCACCAUCUCUGUUACUGGGAACUAAUGUGGAUUAAUGUAUACCAACAAAACUGGAUGCAGGCGUAUUACUAUUCAGAUCUGCUUUGCAAAGAGAGUAAAUGGUCCAAGGCAACAUAUGUGUUCUUGAAAGCUGCAAUUUUGAGUAUGCUUCCAGAGGAGGAUGUAUUAGCAACUAAUGAGAAUGUGGUAACUUUAUUCAGACAGGUGGACGGCUUGAAGCAGAGGAUUGCUGGUAAAUCUCUCCCCACCGAGAAGUUUGCUGUGAGGAAGGCUCGACGCUACUCCGCCUCCUUGCCUGUACCUGUGAAGCUUGUCCUGCCUGCCCUGGAAAUGAUGUAUGUCUGGAAUGGUUUUUCAAUAGUGAAUAAAAGAAAAGACCUUUGUGAAAAUCUGCUGGUAACUGUUGAAAAGGCUGAGGCAGCUUUACAAAAUGAAAACUUUCAUGACUUCUCUGUGGAUGAUGAAUGCUUAGUAAAGUUACUUAAAGGAUGCUGCCUCAAGAACUUACAGCGGCCUUUGCAAGCUGAGCUGUGUUUUAAUCAUGUUGUAGAAAGUGAAAAGCUACUGAGAUAUGAUCACUACCUAGUGCCAUUCACUCUGUUUGAGUUGGCAUUUUUGUAUAAAAGCCAAGGGGAAAUUGACAAAGCUAUAAAGGUCCUAGAAACUGCAAGGAACAACUACAAAGAUUACUCCUUGGAGUCCAGACUACACUUCAGAAUUCAGGCAGCUCUUCACCUCUGGAAAAAACCUUCCUCAGAUUGAACAGAACAUGAAGGAUGGAAUUUUUCCCUCAAUUAACAUCGACAUCUGCUGUAUAUUAGACCUUAUAUUAAAGUGGAAAAAUGAUCUUGUGAAUAAGAGACAAAAAACUAAUUUUAUUGUCAAUAUUUUCUAUCAUCUGAGUAGUUUACUGUUGGUCUACAUAAUUUUUUUCCUAUGGAAUGAUGUUCGCUAGUAUCUAGAAAAUUCUUAUAUUUUGCCUCUCCAAAAACAAUUUCAUAUUAGAUUUGAAUUGGUAGGGAAUGAAGUCUUUUAAAAGACUUACAGGUACAAUAAAGUCAAAUUAGAUUAUUUAUUUUUUUAAUGUGGAAAUUAAUAUUUAAGUAGCACAUAGCUUACAAGUUGAACCAGUUUAGAUUUGUUGGUCAUUUAAACUUCAGAGAUAUUUUGUUGCCUAGUAUUUAUAUUUCAAAGGGGAAAUAAACAUCACUUAAUUUAAAAUAGCUUGACAAUGACCUGAAGACUUCUGAAAAAGGAAGAGGGCAUGAACAGGGAUGUGAUAAUGUACUUUGUAGGUUGAAGAGACCUAUAUCUAUAAAAGAUGAUGAAAUAUUAAGUUAUUGGGGUUUUUUUUAAUCUUUACGUUGGUUACAGGUGUGGACACUUUUGUGAAACUAUCCUGUUUUUGAAUGUACUCAUCUGUUAUAACACAAUCCAAAAAACCCCUGUGUAUCUAAAGGGAAGAAAGUGUCAUAUUUUAGGAAUUAUUCUUAACGUUGACCAUGAGAGCCUAAGAUACAUACAUUGAUUAUUUUUCUUAUAAGAAUCAAAGUUCCUGCUGCUUUAAAUGAUAUGCAAAAUAUUAAUAAUUUUUACAGUUAUGAUGUUGGUAAGAUCUAAUUUUCUAAUCUCUCUAGCACUGUGAUGGUUCCUUGUAAAUAUUUGGACUGUACUUAGUCCUUUAAUUGGAAGAUAGAAUCAGGGCAUGGAGAGGAAGAGACCUUGACUCUGUAUGGUCCUGGCUCUGCUAUGGGUUAGCAGAUAACAGGGUGACCCUUGGGGAGUUCCCUGCUCUGUGUGCAUCACUAUAUUUUACAGAAGACUUUCAAGGUCUUUUCAGUUUUAUAACUGUGAGUCUGUAUAGUAGGUAUUUUCCACAAAUAAUGUUAAAAUGUUGAAUCAAAAC